CCCCGUGGAGGUUGCGGGAGGGAGAGCGCGAUGGGCUGCGGCGGUGGGUACAGGCUCUGCGGGGACUCAUGCCACGCGCGUCCCGGCCCGACGCGCAAUUAGCAGCCGCCUCCGCCACGCGCCUCCCCCGCCUCUCGGUGCCCCCGGGCUGCGGCGGCGAGGAGCUGCAGCCGUCGCCUCGCCCAGGGAGCCGGCAUUGUCCUCCCGCUCCGCCGCCCAGGCUGCAGCUGCCGCCGCGGGCUGCGGCAGGGCCCCGGACCCGAGCCUCAGGGACGCGCCGCCGGCCCGGUGCUCGGGCCCCCGCGCUGUGAUCUCCGCGCCCCGAGUUCCGCGCGCUUGCUUUCCGGGCUUCUUCGCACCGAGCCGAGGAAGGGAAACAGCAGCCCGGCCGCCCCGCUCAGCCUGCCCCCGGCGAGCAGCCCCGACGGGGCCGCGGCAGGCACGGCGAGAGAGCCGACGGAGCCAUGAGAGAGUACAAAGUGGUGGUGCUGGGCUCGGGCGGCGUGGGCAAGUCCGCGCUCACCGUGCAGUUCGUGACCGGCUCCUUCAUCGAGAAGUACGACCCCACGAUCGAGGACUUCUACCGCAAGGAGAUCGAGGUGGACUCGUCGCCGUCGGUGCUGGAGAUCCUGGACACGGCGGGCACCGAGCAGUUCGCGUCCAUGCGGGAUCUGUACAUCAAGAACGGCCAGGGCUUCAUCCUUGUCUACAGCCUGGUCAACCAGCAGAGCUUCCAGGACAUCAAGCCCAUGCGGGACCAGAUCAUCCGCGUCAAGCGGUACGAGCGCGUGCCCAUGAUCCUGGUGGGCAACAAGGUGGACCUGGAGGGCGAGCGCGAGGUCUCGUUCGGCGAGGGCAAGGCCCUGGCCGAGGAGUGGAGCUGCCCCUUCAUGGAGACGUCGGCCAAAAACAAAGCCUCGGUGGACGAGCUGUUCGCCGAGAUCGUGCGGCAGAUGAACUACGCGGCGCAGCCCAACGGCGACGAGGGCUGCUGCUCGGCCUGCGUGAUCCUCUAGGCGCACAAAAGCCAAAUGCACCCGACUCUCGAAAUGUGAUUUUUUUUUCCUCUCCCUCUCUCUCUCUCUCUCUCUCUCUCUCUCACUGUCUUCUUGCUAAGAGGUUGGAGACGACUUUGCAUUGGCCGGGGUGUCCCGAGCGCACGGCUGACCACCGCUGCCGGCGUCCGCAGCGUCGGUGGUGGUGGUGGUGGUGGUGGGGGGGGUGCCCUGUCCGACCUGAUCAGCUCCAGACCUGGUGAAAAUGUGGCUCUUUGCAGCAUGUACGUUUCUCAUUGAUUUUUUUUUUUUUUUUUUUUUGGUUGAAGCAGAUUUCUCUGUUUGAGUAACCUUUAGGGGAGCUGUGCUGGCUACUAGACACCGACAAACGAAAAGUUUUCGGCCUGGGGAAGAAAAUGGGGAGGUGGGGGGGGGGGAAGAAGACUGGGAGAUGAUGCAAAGGGGUGGGGGGAGACCCUUUUUUUGUUUGUUUUGUUUUAUCAACAGCCGUUUUCUAGUUCCAAGUUUUAAUUCAUGGAAGGAAAUCCGGGAGAACCUAAUGAAGGAGGAGGAAAGGAAACUUUUUUUUUCUUCCUUCCUUUUUUUUUUUUUCCUCCCCCCACCCCCACCCCAGGAGUAGCUGGAAAUUGAGGUCGGGUUCUUUUUCUGCCAGCUUGGAAGGGCAACCCCGGGACUGAUUGGGAUUCUGAGGAUGUCUAUGCAAAGUUGGAUUCUUGUUACAGUAUGUCCAAUCUGAAGUAUUGCACAUCUGAUCUGGGACUGUUAACACUGAGGCCAAUACAGUGUGGGGUGCCAGAAAGUGUCUGCUGAUAUUUGUGGAAAAAAAAAAAAUCUAUUUUGUUUACCUACUGUAUCAAAGGGAGGGGGGGUUGGAUCUGGGGGAGAAUGGUGGUAUUUUUUUUUAUCAGCUGUGAAAAAAAUGUUACAGAUCUGCACAUUUGUGUGUGUACUGUUGUGUGUGUGGGUGUGUGUGUGGGUGUGUGCGCGCGCGCACUUGCGUGUGCGCGUAUGUGUUUAAGUUGAGCUUUUUCUGUUCUUAUUGGUUGGCAAGUACCAGAUAUUAGUGACUAGCUCUUGGUGACUAGCUCUUUAAAAACACAGGACAAAGACUAAGCAAAUGUGAUUCAGGGCUCCUAGCACCCCUGUGUCUGCAGAGUGCCUUUCAAAACUCAGCUGUUCCAGCCGGUGCCAACCUGUGAACUUCCCACCGUACCCCAGAAUCUUCCCAGUUUCCUUCCAGUAAUCUUCCUAAAGGAGCCAGGACAAUAGGGCCUGUUGUCGGGUGAAUUUCUCUAUUAUUUCCAUCUUUUAAAAUGUAUUUUCUUGCCUUGCAAUGGUUGGAUUUUUUUUUUCUUCAUUUUAUUCAAAAGUUCAGGUAUUCACCUCCCCUCUCAGAGUAAAUUUUUUUUUAUUUCUUUGUUAUCUGUUAUAGGGUGUUCCUCCAAAAAGCAAAGAGCAAAAGUUUUUACUGUUGUGAUGUACCAAGAGAAUUCUAACUGUAAUUUUUAAUUCCAGACCUGCGUUGAAUCAUUGUCUCUUCCUUUUAAGAAUUUUAAUACAAAUGUCAUUUUUAAAGAAACAAACCCAAAACGAUUGUUUGUGUUUCUGUGUUUCAUGUUCAGUGACUGGAUAUGGCAUUCUGGUUGAGGUGGGCAGGGCCAGGGGCAGCCCCCAAGGUCUGUUUGUUACAUUGCUCCCAUCUGCUUGUAUCUGGGGAGAACCAUUUAAGAAGCCUUGGGGUAUGGCCAUACCCUGUGGACUACAAACUGAGAAGGACUUUGAGUCUCCUCUGCUGAUGUGAAGUGGUUUCCCUGCCUAUAGCCUGGGCUCUUAAUCUGUCUUGGAUCUGGAAAAGGAACCAUCCACUUGGCAAGGCAGGAUAGAUUGCACUUUAUAUCUUUCUCCCCUUUUGUUUUCAGUUAUUUGAAGAAAAAAAAAAAAAGCAUUCCAGUUUUGAAGUCAUACCUUGUAGUGUUUUCUGUAAUAUAAUUUUGAGAGUUGCAGAACAUAUUAAACCUUUUGAAGUUUUCACUUGGACAUGACCAUUAGAUUGAAAAAAAACUAAAGGCUGGAACAGAUUCUUUAUUCCAUACACUAACAAGGUGUAACUAUAUGACCUCAAUUUUUUCCAGCUAACAGUAGGAGGCAGUGUGACCUUGUUCAUUUUUCUUUUUUUUUUUUUUUAAGGAAGGCUUUAGUAAUAAUGUCUCCAGGAUAAAAGAAGCUGCAUGAUUAUACAUUCGGAGCACUUAAUCUACCUUAGCUGAGGAAGUGCAGAUGAAGUCUUCUGAAGAAUGUGUUGAAAGAUUUAUUCUGUUGAGGAAGCCAAAAGAAAUUACAGGCCACAGGUUUCUUUCAAGUAUUUGCAUAACUUGCCUUAAAGUGGCUUCUUUGCCCAGGUGACAGCUCAGUGUUCCUAUGUGUAGAAGGAAUGGAGAAUUCUGCUUUUGAUUGUCCAUGGUCAGUUUUUCAAUUUCUAUCUCAUUUACAUUUAAUAUUGAGCUCAAUUGGUAGGUUAUGUAUAUUUUUUUCUUAAUAUCGAGACCAAGAAAAACUACUCCAGUGCAUGUCUCUACAAAGGCACAUUCUUAUAUUUGAGUAUGUGUAGCUGUUUCAGUAUUGAAAAUUCUGAACACGUGUAUAAAACGCAUUGUGAAAGGUUUUUAAGAAGACAUUGGAGAACUAGUUUAUGUGGUUUUGUUAUUUUAGAAGCCUUUUGACAUAAAAUGCUGCCUCAUAUCUAAUGUAAGAAGUGUCAGUACUUCUGAUGGGAAAUAUCUGGAAAAGAUUAGAUGUAAUCAUCUUCCUACAAAAUUUAGUCACUUGCAUGACUAAAUGCUUUAGAGUUCUGGGAUGGUAGAGCAGAAGAUUGGACUCUACAUUUAUCCAGUACUGUAAAAUAAAUGUCAAUGAGAACAA